CUAAAUCCUUACAGUACUUAUGGACUUUAGAAUUUGAUUUGAACUUAGAAAUCACAUUUCAACAUCUUCAACUGAUAAGGCCAGUUUAUAGCGCAAGUCUCUACAAUGUUGGCCACCUUGCUGGUAGUGUGUGCGACGGCGGCGUCGGCGCAUAAUAUAACCACAGGGACGCUAGUGGAGGGACAGCAAGCGCCAGCAAAGCAACCUGCGACACAAGAGCCGAAUGCCAUGCAGUCGCCAGUGGUACCGCCACAGGCGCUAUCGGAAGCACACGCUCCGGCCGUAAGGGUCUCGCAGACGUCGGUCACUCCCGUGGAAGCUUCCAACAAAGUGCACGAGUUGAUGUUCGGGUUAAGCCCGGCAGCGGUACCGGGCGGGCUGGAGGUGGCGCUGGUGACUGUGAACACGCCCCUGUUGCCGCCGGAGCUGGCAGCGCUGAUGCCAAAGAUAUAUCACGACGAAGACUACCAGUUUCAGCUCAUAGAUCCUUUCCCGCGCCGCAACCACCGCCCUCCGCGCCCACACAGGGACGGUGCUCGCAGGCCUGCCCCUCCGCCACCCUCGGCCCAACACAACACGACGGCCCACAACAACAUCGCCAUCAAUAAAGACAAGCUAGAAAGGUUAAUGAACUUCAUCAGGAAAAACCGCGACCUCCUGAAGCUAUUGACUCAGACCAAGCAGAAGCUGCUGGGGGCACCGAGGGGGGGUGGUGAGACGGGGGCGGCCGCGGGGGUGCUGAGGCCGGGGGCCAGCAAGCAGUACCGCCGUAGCGAAGACCCGUCGCUCCCGGAGGAUGACGACACAGCGCCGCAGCUGCGCGCGCACAACAUUUACGACGCUAACCAGCUCGACAUGGCGCCCGCUACCGAUAUGAAAAUUCACGAAAUGCGGUUAAAUAAGGGCCGGCUGUGCUUGCGUCACAUCCUGCAGCCGGAGGGCCCGAAGUACAACAAGGCUGGACGCAUCUACUGGAAGGAGUUCGUCUCCACCGAAGAGAUGCACUUCGAGCUGACACGCGCGCCGCGCCUGCUGCUGCCCGCCUGCUGCAACUGCUGCGCCAAAUCCGCGCUCGGCUGCGAGUGACCGCGCCCGCUACACGACACUCACGCGUGGGAAUUCACUAGUUCUGUUUACU